GAAAAGACAAACUAGUGAUGUCAGUCUUGUCCCAGUUGAGAAAAUCUUUGAGUACAGAAACGUUGAAAAUCUCUUUGUCAGAACCAUGCCAACAUACAAGAUUAUAAAAAUUGAGCGAAUCCAGCUUCGGUACCUCUGGCACCAGUAUCAACUUGCGAGUAAAAGAAUGAAAAUGAGGAAUAGAGUAGUCAGAGAGCAGCUGCUAUUUCACGGCACACGCGCCACAAGACCGGAGAAAAUUUACACGAGUCCCAAUGGAUUUGAUGUUGGGUAUGCUCGUGCGGGAAGAUGGGGUAAAGCUACGUACUUUGCCGAGAACGCCUCAUAUUCGGAUAACUUCGCUCAUGUCAUACGGGAAUAUGAUAUUAUACGAAAACAUGAAGUCGAACGUAAACAGAUGUUUCUAGCAAAAGUUUUAACAGGUACUUGCUACCACAAUGCUGCACCAGAUUCAUCACGAACGCGGCCUCCCUUUAGGCAGCAUCGGGAUGGAGUCGACAUGUGUCAUUACAUGUAUGACUCGGUAAGUGGAGUAACGUGUGACCGCUCGAGAGUCUAUGCCAUAUUCGAUAACUUUCAUUCAUACCCAAAUUAUCUAAUCACAUAUGUAUACCGUUAUUUUUGAAGGGGUACAGCACAGCUAGCUAGCGAGACGUAGUGUGCUGGGUGGCACUUAGACAGUAUUUGCAGUUACUGUGGUUUUUGAUGUUAUUGUAACAAUUUUGAACGCUUUUUGCAUAAUACUAACAAUACAUGCAUAUUUGCGUAUAAUGAAGACGCAUACAUCGACAUUCUAUUUGAAAUUUGAAACAGUUA